AUGGAUCACGAUCAAGUGGUCUUCCUGACCGGAGCCACUGGCAACUUUGGAGGAUGUAUCCUAUACAAAUUGGCGGUGCAGUUGCCCACGAAAAAGAACUACGUACUGUGUCGCCGCUCUUUUAGCUCCACGAAGCGGUCCACCACCUCGCUGGGGAUAACGUCAGACGCCUGUAUUGUCGGCCUUGGAAACACACGCCUCACAAGCGACCCUACUGUCCGGACAGUGUGGCCGCAUUCCGACCCGCGAUUCUCCCUCUAUACCGAUAUCGAGGUGAAGGAAGGACGAAGCACAACUGCUGGUGGGGCAGCCUUCAAAGAGCUCCUGCGGCGGAUCGAGCAGAACCCGGCCAUGCUCCUUGAGCCCGAUGUGGAGAACAAUCUGACUUACGAAUUGAGCAAGCACCUGGCACGACAUAUGCCGCGGGCUGCUGAGACGUCCGCGGAGGGUAUUGUAGAGAUGCCGAUUGACUCCCUUAUGGCGGUGGAAAUCCAGCGCGGGUUGCGAGGCGAUCUCGAACUGGGAUAUUAACAUGGUGGAGAUUGCGAAGAUUGGGAAGAUUGGAAAGUUGGCGGAGGCCGCCAUUCAUUUUUUUGAAGAAGAAGUAUGGCCUUGUGAAGGAGGGGAGUAGUGAGUGACGAGUGCCUGUUUCUUUC